UGUUUCUCUACGUAUUUUAAGAAAUGAUUAACUAGUGCUUGUUUGAUUUGGCGCAUACGCUUAAAAUUAGCGUAUGUGUGUAUUUAAAUAUUUAUGUAUGUGUUAAAUGAGUCCAUUUGGCUAUGAUGUUGUCAUAGAGCAAUAGUUACAAGCUUUUUGAUGUUGUCAUAGCUCAGAGAGAUUGGAAAAAACAUUGCACGCGCCUAAACGAAUCAAGCGGUAUACUUCCGAAAAUCUGAUAUUGCAAAACAAAAUUUAUAAAAGCUAAUAAAAUAAUACACUAAAUAAUUCAGUUUUUAUUUGUAUCGAUAAAAUGACAAGUGUUACAACUAUGCCAAAUUAUAAUCGACAGCAAAGUGCCGACUCUGGUUGGGACAACCCCUUUAGACCUGGUGGUGAUUUAUCUAGAGAAGCUGAUGAAAUAGUCAACAUGAUAAGAGGUGGAAAGCCCAUAACUCCAACUGAAGAGGAUAUUGUUAGAAACGGAGAACCAAAACAUGAAGAUGAUCGCAGCAAUACUGUAAUAGAAGCCGUUUCUGAUCAAAUAAAGGUUACUCAAAAUCAGGCGGCACAAAAUGGUACAAAAUCAAGCAGUGUGCAAGCUGCUGUUGCUGUAAAACCUUCAAUACCCACAGAUAGCAAUGGAACAUCUUCGACUCAAGUCUCAAAAAAGGUAGUACCUGGUCCAUCUUCGGCUAGUCAUAUCAUAAUUGACGAAAAGAAAAAUACAAAGAAGGGAUGCUGCUCAAUACAAUAAAAACUUGCUUUCGGUCUAUACCAGUCAAUCUUAAUGACUUCUUUUAAAUAUUGCACUUGUUGAUUAGAUAUUUAAUGUAUUUCAGGAAAGCUUAAAUUCACGCCGUGAGAACCAUGCUAUAACGCAUUCGAGUAUAUUUAUUUAUUUUUUUUUUGUUUUUGGUAAUUA